UGCAACCCUUGUAUUCUACCUCUGUCUCCCUCGGUCUCUCACUCGCCGACCAUAUGGCUUCCUCUUCCAUGUUCUUGGCCUCACCAAUCCUCUCUGGUCCCACUCAAAAACGAUCCCUCUCUCUCCCCUCCGCCACCUCCGUUCGCAGUUCCAUCUCGGUCUUUCCUCGAUCCUUCUCGCGGCCGCCGCCGAUCUCCCGGACGCUGAGCGCCGUCGCUGCCAUCCAGGUGGAUCACCAGGACUCCGUGAAACCCUCGGCCCAAUCCUCCUCUCCUCCUCCUGCUCUCCCUUUCCGGAUAGGACACGGGUUCGAUCUCCACCGGCUCGAGCCAGGCCUCCCUUUGAUCAUUGGAGGCAUCAACAUCCCCCACGACCGGGGCUGCGAGGCCCACUCCGAUGGGGAUGUGUUGCUUCACUGUGUGGUGGACGCGAUUCUGGGGGCGUUGGGGCUUCCCGAUAUCGGCCAGAUUUUUCCAGACUCGGACCCAAAGUGGAAGGGUGCGGCUUCUUCCGUCUUCGUGAGAGAAGCUGUAAGGCUUAUGCAUGAGGCAGGUUAUGAGCUCGGAAAUUUAGAUGCCACUUUAAUUCUACAAAAGCCAAAGCUGAGCCCACAUAAGGAGAACAUCCGAGCCAACUUAUGUGAUCUGCUUGGAGCCAAUCCAUCAGUUGUAAACCUCAAAGCAAAAACACAUGAGAAGGUUGAUAGUCUUGGAGAAAAUAGAAGUAUAGCAGCACAUACUGUGGUUCUUCUGAUGAGGAAAUGAUGCCGUUGCAGAACAAGGGAAGAUAUUGCAUGCACUCAUCAGGUCCUAUACUGGGCAUCAGAUGCUGCUGCCCUUUUACCUUGUUUCCAAUCAUCUGAGGCCUGGUACUUCAGGCUCACUUAAAGUUAUCAGCUAUACAUAUUUCAUAGCCCCUUCUGGUCAAGCUGUCCUUGACAGCAAGUAAGAUUCUUUAUGAAAUUACCAUAUUGAACUUAUCUUUUUGUGGCUAACCUGUCCUUGACAGCAGGCAAGAUUUUUUGUGAAAUUACCAAAUUGAAUCUUUUCCUCCAGUAAGUAA